AUGGCCAGGAGUGUGGUGCUUCUCCUCUGGGCCCAAGCCCUCGGCUUCACUGGUGCCAGGCCCAGCCAGCUCACGCUGGACCCCCCCUGGAUGCCUGUGUUCCUAUGGGAGAAGGUGACGCUGACCUGCCGGGGCUCUGGCACGCCUGGCCCUACCUCCUGGUACCGCAACACACAGUUCUGGGAACAGACAGCAUCCAGCCACAUCCACGUCUCCGAAAGCUCCUCUGGGAGCAGCAGCUACCAGUGCCGCAGCCCUGGCACUGAGCUCAGCAGCCCUGUCACCCUGAGUUUCUCAAAUGACUGGCUGGUGCUGCAGGUGCCGGUGGGGUCACUGCUGGAGGGGGACAUGCUGCCGCUGCGCUGCCGGGGCUGGAAGGGCAAGCCGAUCACCCAAGUGCAGUUCUUCCGUGAGUGGGAGGUGCUGGGGGGGCCCUCCCCGGCGCCCGAGCUGCUCCUGCCCUCCCUGCAGCUGCACCACAGCGGGCGCUACCGCUGCCAGGCCACCAUGCGCACCAUUUUCCAGGAGACAAAGGAGUCGGCGCUGGUGACAGUGAACGUGCAAGAGCUCUUCUCGGUGCCGGUGCUGCGCCUGGAGGGCCUGGCCAAGCUCCCCGAGGGAGCCCCCCUGGCCCUGCACUGCCUCAGCCACCACAGCCCCCUGCGGCCCCUCGCCCGCCUCCAGCACCUCUUCUACCGGAACAAGGUGGUGGUCGGGGGACCCCAGGGCUCCUCCCAGCUCCGGCUGCCAGCCGUGGGGCUGCUCCACUCGGGGAACUACUCCUGCGAGGUGCGGACAGAGACAUCCAGUGUGCGGAAAUACAGUGCCCUGGUCGCUGUCGUGGUGUACAGUGAGUGUGUGGGAGGGAUGGGGAUGUACCGGGGUGCUGCAGCCCUCCCCGGGUCCCCAGUUCCCUCCCCCGGGCUCUCCAUCCUUCCCUGGGAUCCCUCCAUCCCUGCCUGGGUUGCUGCAUCCCUCCCCAGCUCCCUCCAACCCUCGCUGUGGCCCACGUCCCUCCCAGCUCCUUCUGUCCCUCCCUGGGGGGUCCCGGUCUCGGGGGUGUCCCUGGCAGUGCAGCCCCCCGGGGGGCUGGUGGCAGAGGGUGACCACCUGGAGCUGGCCUGCUCGGUGGCCGCGGGGACAGGACCCCUCUCCUUCUCCUGGCACCGGCAGGGCUUGGCCGCGCCGCUGGCCACGGGCCCCCGCUACAAGCUCCGUGCCGUGCAGCAGCAGGACGGUGGCCGCUACCACUGCACAGCCACCAACGGCGGCACCACGGCCGACAGCCCGCCGCUGUGGGUCACCGUCCUGGUGCCGGUGGCCAAUGCCACCAUUGCGAUGACGAGGACAGAGCCGUCGGUGCCGGCAGGCGAGAGCCUCAACCUGAGCUGCUCGGUGCAGGCGGGCACCAUGCCGGUGACCUUCACCUGGCUGCGAGAUGGGCAGGAGCUGGGCUCGGGGCCUGUCCUCACCUUGGGGACCGUGGAGCAGGCGCACGCCGGGACCUACCAGUGCCUGGCCACCAACCGCCUCAGCACCCGCCGCAUCUUCCGGGUGUACAGCCCGGCGCUGGUCCUCUCUGUGACGCAGCCACAGUGGGGGUGGCGGCAGCAGGGCACAGCCAUGGCCGUGGGGCUCAGCAUGUCCCUGCUGCUCCUACUCCUGCUCGGUGCUGCCAUGGCCUGGCACCUCCGGCGCCGGCGCCACAGGGGUAGGUGGCCCACACCGGGCACUGGGGGCCGGGUUGGUGGUCCCAAGUGGGGUGAAAGCCCCCCACACCAGCUGGGAGGGGAUCAAUGGGGCUGUACCCCACAUCCCCCUUCUUGGCUGGGGCUGAGCCCCCAGUGCCCUUGGCUCAGGGUCCUGGGGGGUUUUGGGGGUCCUGGGGGCCCUCCCUGCUUGAAGCCCACGUCCCCCCAUCUCAUCUGGGUGUGCAGGGCCACUGGGAAGAGCCAGGGCAGGUGA